AUGGACGAAGGUAUGCAAACGAGCUUGAUUGACCUGCUGCGGCAAAACAUCAAGAUUCAUGGUCAAAUUAUCGCGAAACUCGAGUCAUCUCAAGCUGCGGCCAAGAUCGACACCGCUGUCGAAGCGGACAACAGUUCGACACGUGACGCCAGUCCUCCUGUUAUCGUUAACGCGGUGACUGAAGCACCUUGCAUGGAGGAAGACGAGGCGGUCUCACGGUGGAGCGAGGCAUUGAAGUUCGAGAAGCAGAAAGUUGAGCAGGUCAAGACACAGCUGCAAAAACAUCCUAUACUCCAGAUGCGUGCUUCUGUGUUGCCGGCUGAUUACGAAUCACAAGUAACGUACAAGGAGUUCCAGAGAGGUCUUCGCGACUCGAGACUCGAUGAAGAUGUUCUGUACCGCACUAUAAAUAGCUCUGCAAAGAGAGCGUGUGAAGAGACAGACUCUGUGUGGAAGCAUCUUACUUUAACGGAGUGUGGCGAGGUAAACGAUCCUACGCUUUUCUGCUUCGAGCCGUAUUAUAUUAGAAAUUUGCGAUUCAAGAUUAUAGUCAUGUAA